CAGACAGGAGGAAGCUGCUAGGGCGCCGCAGGGAGGGACAGAAGCACAGCAACACGACCGCGGGGCGGGCUGCUGGGGUGGUCGGACACCGGUUAUCUGUCGACCAGAGGCGGCUGGCUCUCUCUCCCGGAGCUCGGUGUCGGAGAGUGAAUGAGGUUGAUGCUGCUCUGCUGCACCUGGAAGGACGAACGCAUGGGAGAGGAGGAAGCUGGAGGAAGUUUGCCCGUCUGUGCGGGAUGCAAACAGAGGAUCUACGAUGAGCAGUACCUCCAGGCCCUCAGUGCUGACUGGCACACCGUCUGCUUCAGGUGUUGUGAGUGCAGCGCCUCGCUGUCCCACUGGUAUUAUGAAAAGGAUGGAAGGCUUUUCUGCAAGAAGGACUAUUGGGCCAAAUUUGGGGAGCUAUGCCAUGGCUGCAAUGACCCGAUCACCACCGGCCUCAUCAUGGUCGCAGGGGAACAGAAAUAUCACCCAGAAUGCUUCACCUGUCUCAACUGCAAGGCGUUCAUCGGUGAUGGAGACACAUACGCUCUGGUGGAAAGAUCCAAACUCUACUGCGGUCACUGUUACUACCAGACCAUCGUCACCCCGGUGUCGCUGCCGGACUCGCCAUGCUCACGGAUCCCGCACACGGUCACACUUGUGUCCAUCCCAGCCUCUGCCGAGGGCAACAACGGACGCAGAGGGCGAGGUUUCUCUGUGGCCAUCGACCAGCCGCUCAGUCCGACCAAUGGCUACAGCCCUGAACACGGACCUACUGUCAGAGUCUCCCAGGUGGACGCAGACUGCAUCAGUCCAGAUGUGAAAAACUCAAUUCAUAUCGGAGAUAGGAUCCUUGAAAUCAACGGGACGCCCAUUCACCAUGUCCCUCUGGAUGAGAUCGACCUGCUGAUCCAGGAGACGAGCCGGCUGCUGCAGCUCACCAUCGAACACGACCCUCACAGUCAGGGGCAGGAGGGAGGCUCCUCAGAGGCUGAAGUGGACGGCCCCCUGUCCACCCCUCUGUCAGAGGGCCCCAGCCCCAUCCUGCCCAUCACACAGCCACCCAACCAUGACAUAAACAGCCUGAGAUCCCGCAUCAUCACGAGGAGCUGCAGCAUUGAUAAGUCACCAGGCUCCAGCAACGCAGCGUCCCCCAUCUCCCAUAGGAAGGACAUCAAUCGAUCAGAGUCGCUCCGCGUUGUGUCCAAUCAGACGCACCGCAUCUUCCGCCCAUCUGACCUCAUCCAUGGAGAGGUGCUGGGGAAGGGCUGCUUUGGACAGGCCAUCAAGGUGACCCACAAGGAGACAGGGGAGGUGAUGGUGAUGAAGGAGUUGAUUCGCUUUGAUGACGAGACACAGAGAACAUUCCUGAAAGAGGUGAAGGUCAUGCGUUGCCUGGAUCACCCCAACGUGCUCAAGUUCAUUGGAGUCCUCUACAAGGACAAGAGACUCAACUUCAUUGCAGAGUACAUAAAGGGAGGCACCUUGAGGGAAAUCAUUAAGAAAAUGGACAGCAACUAUCCCUGGAACCAGCGGGUCAGUUUUGCCAAGGACAUAGCUGCUGGGAUGACAUAUCUGCAUUCCAUGAACAUAAUCCACCGGGACCUGAACUCAUACAACUGUCUAGUCCGAGAGAACAACACAGUGGUGGUGGCAGACUUCGGGCUGGCUCGGCUCAUGGUGGACGACAAGCACGAUGACAAGUUGGCGCAGGGCAAACUGCCCAGCCUGAAGAAGCAUGACCGCAGAAAGAGGUACACCGUGGUGGGAAACCCCUACUGGAUGGCUCCUGAGAUGAUCCACGGGAAGAGCUACGAUGAGAAAGUAGACAUCUUUUCCUUUGGUAUCAUGCUCUGCGAGAUAAUUGGCAGGGUAAACGCAGACCCAGACUACCUCCCCAGGGCGAUGGACUUUGGACUGAAUGUGUCCGGCUUUCUGGAGCACUUCUGUCCCCCUGAUUGUCCCCCCGCCUUUUUCCCCAUGGCUGCUGUCUGCUGUGACCUUGAUGCCGACAAACGGCCUGCUUUCUCCACACUGGAGGAGUGGCUGGAGAACCUGAAGAUGCACUUGGACAUUGGUCUACCGCUGGUGUCUGAAGUGGACCAGCUGCACAAGGCCUUCUGGGAGAACCACAGCAUCCCUCGCCCUGAAAACGGCCUGCACACCCACCCUGAACAGCCGGAGUAAGGCUUAACACAACUGGAGGAGUGGGACGUUAGAGUAAACCCCACAUGGGCAGCGAACGCCUGUCUCGGGCAGAGCAGUGGCCGGAGGAGUCGUGUAAAUACUCCUCCAUGUCUGAAGCUGCGGGCGCAGGCUGGCUCAGGCUUAAUGAGUAGACUCAGGGGGAAAACGUGGAUCUGAAAAAGCCACCUGUGCAAGAAGCACACACACACACACACACACACACACACACACACACACACUCAAAGUCAAAUCAAGAGACAUUAACUAUGAUAGCUUGAUUCUGCUGCACCCGAAGCUAAAGUGUCAUAUGCAAUCAGACCUAACUUUCAAAUCACGACUCAUCUCUUGAAUCAUGUAGA